UCCAUGGAGCUGCAGAACUGCGAACUCAUCGAGGUCAACAAGGCGAGCGUGGCGCGCGAGGCGCUUCAGAACCUGUCCACGAUCGCGAAGCCCAGCACGCUCGGCUUCGCCGACAUGAACGCGCUGAUGCGUCGCUGCCAGGAGCUGGACGUGGCCGCCGGGGGGCCGUGGGCGCCACCGGCGCAGGCCGUCGCCUCGGCCACCAGGCGCAAGAUCGACGACAGCCCGGACCCUUCCAGCCUGCUCAGCGGCAUCCUGCCCGGCACCAAGUGGUGCGGCACGGGUGACAUCGCCGCCAACUACUUCGACCUCGGCUCUGAGAAGGACAUCGACCGCUGCUGCAGGACCCACGACCUCUGCCCGGUCAAGGUGCGCGCCUUCCAGUCGAGAUACGGCCUCAGCAACAUGUCCUUCUACACCAAGUCCCACUGCAUCUGCGACGACAUGCUGCUGACCUGCCUCAAGGCGUCCAAGAGGCCCACGGCCAACAUCAUGGGCAACAUCUACUUCAACCUGCUCCGCGUCCCGUGUGUGGAAGACGUCGUGGACUCGGACUCGCCACAGACGGUGCGGAGGUAUAGGAACCCCAAACGAUACUAGCGCGGCUACGCGGCUCUGGCCGGGCUCAUUCUCUUUUACUCUAUGCCCAAACUCCGACCGAAAUUCCCGCGACCCCAUGGGCCGAGCCAUGACAUUGUUUUCUUAUAAACUGAUCUCUAAGCUGUGGGGCUGCCCCAGUAGCGCCAAUGCACUUAAAUCUGCUUAAAUGUGCAUUAGCUAUGCGGCAAUGCGCGUAAAAAUGCGCAUAAACGGUAACGCAUUUUAUGAGCAUUACGUGCAUUUCAUGCUCAUUUAAUGCAGUAAUGCGCAGAAAAUGCGGGCCGAAGCGAGUGCGUUACCUUCUGUGUGCAUCUUCCUGCGCAUUACCAGAUGCGGCGCUACCGGGGUGUAUCACUCUGUUCGUCGUCCACGGAAAGUCAGCGCGCAACUUUUUCUUCGUCGAGUGUCUCUUGCACAUCGCCCAUUUUUUCACCUCGUCUGUGGUUAUAUUUUUUCGCACCCCUGCCAACCCGUGUCUGCUGACUUUUUCAUUCAUAGAGUACACCUGUGAAGAGCCCCCAUGUUUUCCAAAUCAUCCAAGCAAAAGAGACUAAGGUCGAGUUGUUCACUUUACUUAGAAGAAGAAGAAGAAAAACGGGUAGAACAUAAUGAACGUUCCUAAUUGGUCAAGCCUUUACCCUGAAUGACUGGCGUGACGUGACGGCGGGUAUCUCUCGACCUAUUAGAUACUUUAAUGUCCUACCCGCUAUUCUGUUCCUCUCCUCUGUAAGCUGAAGUUCACAAUUCAAGCUUGCUCAAGUGGUGCGGAGCUCUUUGUAUCUAUGACUGAUUUGGAAAAUCACAACAGCAUCCCUUGGAGUUCCUCACCUCUUUGUUACUAGUCAAUCCAUUGUUUUGGGACUCAUUAAUGAAAUUUAAAAUUUCAUAUUUUGUUAAAAUAAAUUAUUUAUUGAUUUAUUGGUACUUUUCUGACUGGAGAUGCAUUUACAUCUUUCAAGGGUAAAACAAAAUGAUUAGAGAACAAAGCAAUUUUGGUAUUAGAAGUUAUAUUUAUUGCCCAACAGGUAUAGAAGUUUAAUGAUUAACAAGAUACAUAACAAGCGCAAGACUAUAAAAAUGUCUAAAAAAAUAUAUGCUAUGAUUACAUAAAAGCUUCAGAAAACAAAACAACAAAAUUACAAAAUCUUAUGAACAGUGCUAAUAAUACAAAGGAAGGAUGAAAUUCAAUUAGAUUUAGAUUCACAUAUAAAGGAGAGGAGGGUGUAUUGCAGACGUACACUCAAUGAUACAUGGCACACAGAAAUUAAAAUGAACAAAUCAAAGACUAGAACCAAACAAUGCUUUAGAGUCUUAUUCUUGUAUUAUUUUAUACUGUCAUAAUUUGUUAACAAUACCCGAACAAUAAUCACAAACGUUUUUACAAUCACUUUAAAGUACAAGACUAUCACAAUAUGGACUGAAUAGAAAAUAGAUCAGUACAUAUAAAUCUUUAUGGCACAUAUAGGUCAUUUCAAUCCAACAGUUGAAAGACUCAAUUUUAAAAUGUACAAUAAUUCUUCAGAUAAUAG